AUGAUGGGCAUUGGAAAACGGAGGUUUCAUAUUCUCAACACAGCAGCCCGUAAAAGGGAGACAUUUGCUCCUUUUGACUUGAGGUUCUCUCCAAAUAGGGGGCGGACUAUCAUCAGUGAAAAGAGGCAACAAGUGUUUGACUUUUUGCAUGAGCUUUGGGAAAACGUUGCGGAACCUAUUCCAGAUGGGCUUAAUUCCAACAAAAGGCCACGGCAUGGCAAUGAUAAGUGCGACCCCAAAAACAUGUGCCGCGAGAACAUCAAGCAUUUGCCGGCUGGUUCAAUAAAUGAUUACCAUCGACAAUGUCAAGCUGCCCUGAAAGAUAUGUCUGUGAGCCGGAAGCUAUUCUGCUUGGUGAUGCCUCCAAAAGGCACAAAGCGGACAAGCGGCGGAGGUGGCGGUGGGAAAUCCAAAGCCAAGAAGGGGUCCUCCGACCAGUUACCAGCCCUACCUGCCGGGGCCCUCCACUUGCCCCACAUGGCCAUUUUCGAAGAGUGGUUUCGCUUCACUAUGCCUCGCUUCAUCACGCAUGAAGGGUUGCAGCGCAUUUGCGGUGCCUACCUAGCGGCAGUGGAUCGAUAUGCUGAGUUGGUGCCAGCAGCCUUUUACCAGAAGACUAUCCCGGAAAUUGAAAAAUCGUUUCUUCACCGCCAUGCUGAUGCAGACCUGCUGAAUGUGAUCACAACUUCGGUACCACCGAUGGAUCUCUCCAAGGUGAUGAUCUUCAACACCCAUCUUUUGAAGUACAACUCUGAGGAGGACAAGAAGAGUUCAGACCGCGCUGCUCAGCUUCUAGGCCAAAAUUGGCUUUCGGCCCAGCUUUUGCAAGCGACCUGGGGCCAAACGGAGCUGAACUACUACUCAGAUCUCAAAAAGCUUCGGGAAUGGGCCCAGAAGUUUGAUUUGUUCAACCAGCAGCAGGCUAUGAUGGACUACAAGUACCUGAGCGACCGCUACAUGAAGGGGAAGUCCAAGGUGUCAGAGUUCAUGGAUGAGAAGCACAAACUGGUAUCUCAUGACUCGUUGAUCAUGUCUCAUUCAACCAUAGUGGAGAUGCAAGGGGCAAUGGGAAAUUCCGGGCUUACAAUUAUGAUCUUUGAUGCGACUCUGUGGCCUUCUCGAGCGCUUGCAGUCGAUGAAGCUGUGCAGCUUUGCCAGAGUGUGAGUUCCGGCAACCAGAAGACGAUUGCAUGGACAGUAGAUGCAUACGAAGUGGCACUCACCUUCAGCGACAGUGUCCAUCAAGGCAUCGCCGGCAUCGUUGGGAUCCAGGGAAGCCAUCCUUGGCUGCGCUCCAAAGCGAUGCUGGGUUCAAUCGUCAAUAUCCAAAGAGAUCGUGUGUCAGAGUUGCAAAACCCAGAGCCCGAGAAGCCUCUGGCCCCUCACUGGCGUGUUCAACAGAGAGGUGUUGGUGCCACUCAAGCAAUCUUGGAACAGCUGCUGGACGGGAUGUUGUCUGAUGCCACAACCCCCGUUUUGGUUGUGGACCUUUUGCCAAACAGAUUUGCGGAAUGGAGUGCUGCUUCUUGGAAGAUCCAACGUGAGUUCCUCUUGGGCUCCGACACCAAGAUCGAUUUGAGGUUCUUGGCGGUGUACCACAACGAUGAUGCUGCCUUCAUGCAUUCGACCGUGGAUGGAUUGCUUGGGCGUGCGAUGAGCUCUUGGUGGGAUGAUUGUGAGGAAGCAGGGCCCAAAGCCCGUCUGGGUACUGGAUUUCAGGAGGACCCCCCUUCCCUCGAGGUUUUGGCCAUCAAUUCAACUGAACAUACCGUGGUGACUCUUGGUGAAAAUCAAUAG